UGUGUACAAUACUUUAGUUAAAACGUUAAACUUUUGACGCCGGCCUUUUAAAUUCUUCAUAAAUAUUAAUUUUGAAAAUAAAAAAAAAAUGUCGUAUUAUCAAGUAAUUAGUGAUCUUGUGAAAAAUCAAAAUUUUUCCAUAAACACAGUGUGUCCUUCUUAUAUAAAACGUCUUGUUCCAGAAAUAGAAGAUCGUCCUUUACUCAUUUUUCACAAAACUAAACCAAUGGAAAUUCCUCAAGUAAGAACAGUUUCGUAUGAAGAAUGUGAAAUAGAUUCCAAUCUCACUGGAUCACCAUUGGAGUAUUCUUUUGGAAAAGAUAGUUUUAGUGAAACUUUAUUGCCAGCAAAGAGAUUUUGGUUAAAGGAAGAAGAAUAUCAUCUUCCAAUCAGUGUAAUUAGAGCACGCACAAUUCUAAAUUUAUGUUUAGAAUGUUCGAAACCAGAUUGGAGAGUGACAUUACUCGCAAUUUGUAAUCAGGAAGAUAAACAAAAAACAAUUUUAUUGGGGACAAAAAUCGGAAAUACGUCACAUGAAACAAUACUAAUUCGAAUGGAAAAAUCAAAAAGAUUAAAAGAAAUUGUCGACUGUAGUGAUAUUUUAAAAGAACAUCUUAAAAUAUCAUCUAACGAAACACAUAAAAUAAAAAUCGAAACUUUCUGCACAUAUGAAUUAUUUGGAACAAAAGAAAUUUUUACCGAUUUUUUGGAUAUUAAUAAAAAUAAUUUCGAAGGUUAUUUAUGCAUGGAAAUUGAAUGGAAUAAUUUGUCAUUUUAUCCGCCUUCAAUUAUAUCAACAAAAACAUUGAUUAUGGAAAUUGCAGCAGGAUGGAAAGGAAGUCCAUUGGAUAAUUUGUGGGAGGAAAUUUUAUUGUUAAAUUGUUUUUUAUCAAUUCUCGAAGAAUAUUCAAAAAAUAAUAUGAGUUCUAGAUACAGUGUAAUGCCAUUAAAAUUUCCUGAAAAUUUUCUCAAUCCUAAUGUUAAGACUGAUGAAGAAGUGAUGGAUAAUUUAACUCGAUUAUUAAAUGGCGAUAAUUCUUUUCUUGAAAAUGAAAAUGUUUAUUUGAAAAAAAAUACUGGUAAUGAAGUGGAAAUCGAGUUGAAAUUGAAACAACAUUUAGAAGAUUUAUCCGUGAGGCAAAAUUUAGAUUUUACUGAUUAUUUAUGGAUGGUUAUAAAAGGUUCAGAUAAUUAUCCAAUAAUAACGGAUUGUAUUCAUGCAGUGUUUGAAGAAGUUGAGAAAAAAGACUACAAACCCCAGAUGAAUGUCUCAAAUGUAACUAGAACUGCCAAAUUAAUAAUUGAUAUUAUGAAACAAAAAGCGACAACUCCAUUGUUAGCCGGAAGUUUACCAUUAGAAAUUCUCAUUGAUAUUGGCAUUGAAAAAUUAAUUAGAGAUUACACUUAUAUUUUACUCAGUGCAAAUCUCAUUGAUCGUCAUGAACUUCAAGAAAAAUUAAAAAGAAAUAUUAAUGAAAAAUUUGACGUAAAAAAUUUUAGAAACAAUUUAUUAAUUCUCAGUCAAAUUCACAUUUGUUUGGAAUUUGCAUUGCUUGCACAAACACAUGUUGAUUAUCCCUCAGGAAAUUUACAAUCAAUUUUUAAAUGUGCCUAUAAUAAAUUUACAUCGAAAAAAUCGCCAAUUGAUUCAUUUGCACAAUUAGAAGCAAAUUCUAUUUAUAAGCUCAAUGUUCCAAUUCCAGACGAUAUUCUUAAACAAAUUUUCGAAGGCCCACCUACUUCGUGGAAUGUUCGACUUUCGUCAACUGUUGGAAUUACAAAAAUUACAACUGGUGUUCAUUAUAGUCUAACACCAAUUUUUCCACCCGAUAUUUCUCAAGAAGAUGGAACUGAUGAUCGCGAACAAAUUUAUUACGCCGCUUCUCAAAUUUUAUCCUCCUAUAAAAUAUAAUUGUAAAAUUUUUUUUGAAAUAUUUUUCUUAAUAAAAUUAAAAAAAAAAAAUAAAAUUU